AUGGACCAUAUUGACGAGUAUAAGCAAGUUGAGGAAGACCAACAACAAGGGAAAGGAAAGUCUAAGGUUAUCCCUCAGGAUAGGAGGGAUUUCAGGGAACCAAUGCAUCAGGUCUUGGAAAAGAUUAAGAAUGAGUCAUACUUUAAAUGGCCAAAUAAGAUAGGAGGAGACCCUAUGAAGCGCAAUCAAAGCCUUCAUUGCCAAUACCACCAAGAGCGAGGACACACCACAGAAGAUUGUAAAAAUUUGUGGAAUCAUCUGGAACAGCUGGUCAGAGAUGGAAAGUUAAAGAAAUUUCUACAUCAACCGAGUGGGCAAAGCAGCCAGGCGGGAUCCAGAUCUCAAAGAGAUACUUCUUCAAGGCCAUCUUUAGGCACAAUUAAUGUCAUCCUCGUCGCUCCAAGAAGGACUGGUUCUUACCCCUCUAGGGUAAUGUUUGUAACUCCGCCACCUGCGGAGGACUCCAACCCUGAGCCGAAGAGGGCUAAAAUGGAGGUCCGACCAACAUUGAGUUUCUUGAAUGAGGACAAGGUUGGAACCCUACAGCCACACGAUGAUGCCCUAGUAGUCACCCUCAGGAUUGAAGGGUAUGAUGUGAAGAGGGUGUUGGUAGAUCAGGGAAGCGGGGCAGAAAUCAUGUACCCUGAUUUGUAUAAUGGGCUAAACUUGAAACCUAAGGAUUUGACAGGUUAUGAUUCACCCUUGUUAGGCUUCGAUGGGAAAGUUAUUGUUCCAAAUGAAUCAGGAGGGGCAAAGUGUGAGAAGUUAGAGAAGAAUGUUAUAGAUGAUGAUUCGGAAAAAUUUUUCAAGUCGGAGCUCAGCUGCCUCUUCAAGAGAAGAAAGAGCUGA